GCGUUCUCAUUAAACGCAGCUUCAGGAUGCUGUUUGAGCUGUGUUUAUUAAACCCAGCUAUAGACCAGCUCUGAAGCUGCGUUUUUUGAUAUUAGAGCUGCGUUUAACCCGGUAGGAUUGAAGCCGCGUUUUCAAAAACGCAGCUUUAGUUCCAACCUGGAAUUUUUUUUUUUUUUUUUUCAAUAUAUCUGAGAGCUGCGUUUAACAAACGCAGCUUCAAAGCUUAUAGAGCUGCGUUGUUCUAAACGCAGCUCCAGACAUGUCAAAGCUGCGUUUAGAAGAACGCAGCUCUAGCUGUAUGUGGUAGAGCUGCGUUUAUUUAAACGCAGCUCCAGACUCAUUUAUGCCGCAGCUAUAGCCUUCCUAUAAAUUCAAAAAAACCCCUAAAAUUUCAACCCAAUCAAUCCCUAAAUUGAAAAACACUCAGCUUCUCAACCUAGCUCCCGAUAAUCUCGCCGCCGCGCUCUAUCUCAACCCACAGUCCGCAAUCUCAACAAUGCAGGGUGACCCAGUUGGCCUCUGACUCUGUUGCUUGGACCCACGCUCAGAGAGCUUGACUGCGAAGAACUGGUUCCCGGGCUCCGAGUGGCCAAGAUUUCAGAGAUUCAUUGCAAGGUGAGGUUUUGGGUUUGAUUGGAAAUUUGAUUUGGGUUUAGGGUUCCGAAUGGUUGUUGCUGUGAGUUUUUGAUUUGGGGUUUAAUCUGGGGUUUUGAGGGGCUUCGGGUUUACUGUUGUUUUGUGUAUGUGUGUAUGAAUGUACGUUUGUGCAAGCCCAUUGGCUCAGUUGUUUGCACCUCUCCCUUCUUUACCUUCUUCUGCUCACCGUUCCCAACCCAGGUUGGCGCACCCAGGAGGACCGUUGAGGACGAACAAGGCAGCGGCAUUGGCGAAGUUUCUAGAAACAAAGCUACCCCGAUUUCUCUCGCAUCUCCACCUCCAGCGAUUUCGACAGCGCCUUCACUUGCAUUGUCAUCACCCACUUCCAUUUGGAUCACAUUGGUGCACUUCCUUACUUCACGGAAGUAUGUGGGUACAGCGGGCCAAUAUACAUGACGAUUUGUUAGAUGAGGAUAAAAUUAGGUAGACAAGAGUGACGGCAUACGCUUGGCAAGGGUGGCGAGGUGUUUUUGCCGUCAGCAUUCCUUCAAGGCUGACGGGGAUAUGAAGAAAUAGAACUCCGCAUAUAAAGUUGGACAUCCUGAGGCUGACGGGGUAAACAUAAACUGACGGGGUAAAUUUAAACUGACGGCGUCAGUCUAUGGAAUGAUUGAUCUGCACAUUUACGUAUAUAAGUAAAUAACUUGCUCCCCACGUUUCAUGAAACCUAAGGACUCCUAUAUGGAAAGGAUCCCGUAAAAUAUGCCCAAGAAGACUCCUAUAAGGAAAAGACUUCUACUCCAAGG